AUGUGGGCUCAGGGCUCUCAGCCUGGGGUGGGGGGGGAUCUGGAAUGUGCCCUGAGGCCCCGGGGUGGACCAGAGCCUGGGCCACCGCUGGUCUGCCCGCGUCGCCGCGCAGUCUGCGCACCCCUCGUCCCGGCCGUCGCCGCCCCCCGACAUUCCACAGUGCGCUGCGCAGUCUCCUUCCUCACAUUCCUGACGGGCGCGCGCUCCAGCGGUAUCAGCCUGGGCUACGACCAGCGCCACGCUCCCGGCCCCGGGCCGCCGUCGGGGGGCAGCGCGCGCUCCAGCGUGUCCAGCCUGGGCUCCCGCGGCUCGGCGGGCGCCUGUGCAGACCUGCUGCCGCCCGGCGUCGGCCCCGCUCCCGCCCGCUCUCCAGAGCCUGCCCAGUUCCCCUUCCCGUUGCCGUCGCUGCCGCUGCCCCCGGGCCGGGAGGGCGGCCCGAGUGCGGCCGAGCGGCGGCUGGAGGCGCUCACGCGGGAACUGGAGCGCGCGCUCGAGGCACGCACGGCGCGAGACUACUUCGGCAUUUGCAUCAAGUGUGGGCUUGGUAUCUACGGAGCGAGGCAGGCGUGCCAGGCGAUGGGGAGCCUGUAUCAUACCGACUGCUUCAUCUGUGACUCCUGCGGGAGACGGCUCCGCGGGAAGGCCUUCUAUAACGUGGGUGAGAAAGUGUACUGCCAGGAGGACUUCCUGUACUCCGGGUUCCAGCAAACAGCUGACAAGUGUAGCGUGUGUGGACACCUCAUCAUGGAGAUGAUUCUGCAGGCCCUUGGCAAGUCCUACCACCCGGGCUGCUUCCGCUGCUCAGUGUGCAACGAGUGCCUGGAUGGGGUUCCCUUCACUGUGGAUGUGGAGAACAACAUUUACUGCGUUAGAGACUAUCAUACGGUGUUUGCACCAAAAUGUGCCUCCUGUGCCCGCCCCAUCCUCCCUGCACAGGGCUGUGAGACAACCAUUCGUGUGGUGUCCAUGGACAGAGACUACCAUGUGGAAUGUUACCACUGUGAGGACUGCGGGCUGCAGCUGAGCGGGGAAGAGGGGCGCCGCUGCUACCCCCUGGAGGGGCACCUGCUCUGCCGUCGCUGCCACCUGAGGCGCCUUGGACAGGGCCCACUCCCCUCACCUGCUGUGCAUGUGACUGAGCUCUGAGAAGCAGGCAUCAGAGAGAGGAGUGAUCCACCCUCCUCCCCCAACCCCACUCCCAGCUGCUGUCCCUUCUGCAGGGGCCGGACCCCGAAACAAAGAAGCGAUUUCCCUCCUCCCCCAACCCCACUCCCAGCUGCUGUCCCUCCGCAGGGGCGGGACCCCCGCAACAAAGAAGCGAUUUCUAUUUAUUCACCUUCUGUGCCUCACUUUCCCUGCUGGAUUCCGGGACACCUGCACCACAGACUACUUCCUCCACCUGGUUUCAGCUCCCAUGGCAGGGAUUGGAGGGUCUUGGAGUCGGUGGGGGACCGGUGCCUUAUUUGUGUGCGACCACAGAGCCAGGGAACAUUGACAACCUGGGAAAUACCACGAUUUGGCCUUGAUGGGUAUUUUCAGCUGCAGUUCUCCGCCUCUCUGGAUCCUGGCUUGAGGUGCUUUUCCAGUAUCCCCAACCUCAGAAGACCCAGGAGCCGAGGGGGUGGGGCACACGGGGCUCCCUGCAGACCCUGCCCAGGAACAUCUGUGCCCACUGUAUCAGGCUACACUACCAAAGCAUACAUCUGACUUAAAUUAAGUUUCCCCCCUGGAGGAUGUUUGCGUUUUCUUUAAAAGAAUAUAGUUUUCUUCUAAAAAACGUGAA